UUUUGACUUCUCUGGUGAAUUGUCUUUCUUCCCUAAUUGAUUUCUGUUCCAACCAGAUAAAAAGGACUGGACUGAUUUUGUAAACAAACCUCUUUACAAUCAUAAUUGUUACCAUUCAACCGCUACUAGCGAUCGUUAGCGAAAAGGAAAAGAUGACGCACAUUUUAACAAAUCCGGGCUAUCCAAAUAGCCUUCGCUUUCGCUCCAAGUCUGUUGAUGUACUGAGAGAGCGCGAGAAACGAAAAGAGGGUCUUCCAAAGACGGAAUUCGACAAAAUUCGCAGCCUUUCUCGGCAAUCUUGGAAGGAUACUUGGCAAGACCCUGGAAAUCCGCUGCCUCGCGUGAAAAGCAACCAUUUCGUUACCACAUACUCAACAACUCACAACUACAGAGCGCUUCGGGAACUCACUCCUUGUCGUCCAACCUCGCCGACAAGAAGAAAUAAUCCGCAUCCAACGAGGUCUGUAUUGCUUUUGUUUGUGGAAGUGUUUAUAUCAACUUAUUGGCAAUAGGUUUGGCGAGUUACCUCGAGGACAACAUUGGGCUUUCAUUUGGUUUAAGUGGUAACAUUAAUAUAUAUGGUGUUGAGAGUACAUGGUGUUUUGCAAGGCUUUCUGACGCGACUGCUGGCAUGGAAUGUUCAUAUUUUUGUUAUUUAAAAUCUUCAUAUUAUACUAUGGAACGCCAGGAUCUCUCCUAUUCGGAGGGUGCAAGCACAUAAACGUAACACCGGGCGAGAAGGGGCUUUUGCGGGCCUGGGAGGUUGGGAUGGGUGAUAGACACCGACAGGAUUUCUCAAUAAUAGCUUUUCCCAGCACUCUAGAUUCUGGUAUACCCUCUAAUUUGUGGGGUUUGACAGACAGGAAAAAAUAACUGAUUCCCAUUUUUGGAUAUUGUAGGGUAUUUAAAGAAUAUACCCAUAAAAAUCCCAAAUUUGGAAGAGUGAGACAAGUCCCAAUCAGGGAACUUGGUUGGGAAUUCCCUGGUUGGGACUUGUCUCACUUUGCCAAAUUUGGGAUUUUUAUGGGUAUUCUUUAAAUACCCUAAAAUAUCCAAAAAUGGGAAUCCGUUAUUUUUUCCUGUGACAGUUAUCACUGACACUUAAAGUGAACUUGAUGUAUGAAAAAAUAAGACAUCACUCAUCACUCGCUAGCGACGGAGUGGGAGUCAUAAAAAGUCAGGAGCGUGACAUGUUACGAUCUAGUGAAAACAGCUUUCUGAUUCCUCUUAUGAUCAAGUGAAAACUAGGUUGUUGGAGUCGCAAGCGGAGGCAGAUGAACUAAACCAAUCACAUUAAAGAUUGGGAAUGUGCAUGGUGAUUGGUUUAUCCUUCCGCCUCCAAUAAUCUGGUUUUCACUUGAUCUGAUUCUUUCGACUCUGAUCGAUUCCAUUGUGCUUAUGACGCUCCUCAUGUCUCCAAUUUUUGAUUUUCACCAAGUCAUAAGCACUCCUGCAGCUCCAAUUACGACUCCGACUCCGUUGCCAGUAAAAAUCAGCCUUACAGUUGUCUAUCAUGAUCUACUUUAUGGUACACAGUGGAACCUUAGCCUGUAUGGCUGGCAUUUGAAAGGCAACGAGAAGGGGAUUCCCGGCAUGGUAGAAGCCUCCCCUCCUCCAGUCUCCUUUGCAAUUGUGCAGUCUCACGCCCAAAUUCCCUUCCUCUUCCCUUUUGAAUGCCUGCCAUGCAGCUAGGCUAGUGGAAACCCGACUAAUACAGUGGCGUAUCCAGGGGGCCUCUGGGGGGUUCCGGAACCCCCCUUACCAGACCUGACACUUGUUUGAGACUGAAAUUCUUACACUGACUGAGGAUUGUACAUCACUUUUUAACUGGCUUAUUUUUUUACAUGAAAUGCCCGUUGCAUUUUGCCACUUUAAAACUAAAUUUCAGGGAUAUUCAAAAAUGUAAUGUGUUUUGGGUACCCCCCUAUGAUCUGGACCUCCCAAUCCAAAUUCCUAGAUCUUCCCCUGUAAUAUUGUAAUUUCCACUUGAAAAAGUUUUAUUGAGUUCAUACAUGAGGUUAAUUAUCUACUAGUUAAUACUUUUCAGAGAGGAAAACAGUGUUUUUAAGAUUCCUUAUUUCUUCUUCCUACUUGAAUUUUUCCGCAGAUCAUUUUUGCGUCUUCAGUUGAGAGAAGCUAAAGGGUUUCCAAAAGCAAAAGAAAAGCCUGGACAGGACCCUUAUGAUGGUAAGCUAUUGAUAGGCUCAAUACACAGUCAGUCAAGUUGUUCUCAUUCAGCCUUAAGGCUAGUUUACCUGGCCCCGAUUGUUAAGCGCUAUCCACUGGAUAAAUCACAAAACAGGGGAUAAGUAUUAGCGACAACAAUAAUGCAUUAUUCACUGGAUAAAGAUUUAUCCAGAGCAUAGCAUUAUCCACCUUUUAAACAUUACUGGGCCGUGGAGCUAGGAUGUAAGCAUUAACAUGCUGUGGGGAUCUUACGCAGUCUCAUUAUGACCAUAUAAGUGUCUUUAGUUAAUGACAGGCACUUAUGAUCAGUGGCUGAUCCUGGAGAUCUGGACCCCCUUCAUGAAAGCACCCAUAGGGCCUAGCCUGUGUCAGAGACGUUAUUUAACCUCCGUUAGAAACAUCUACAAAGCAGCACCGAGAUCCUAGUCCUGGACCCCACAGGACACAACAAAUUCCUGGAAGUGGGUUUCUAAUUUCCUUUCAUUUUGACUGGCAAGUCAACAGUGGCUUGUUGAACAAGCCAACCAUGGCACACACUCAAAUCCUGGUACACAGGUGGGACCCAGAACAAGGAUUUUGGCACUGUUUCACAGACGGACUUGACCAGAGUUUAGUUUCGUCUGUGGCGCAGGCUAAUCAUCAGCCAUGCCAAGAAUUUUAAUCAAUGACUAAGUGUGACUAUGUAAGGUUCAACUAGCAAUGAUGUAAUUAAAGUUUCUCAGUAAGAAAUAAUGUCCACACCCCUUCAAAGGAAGAAAGCAUGAUUACACAAUUGGAACAAAAUGGAAAUGUCACAAAUUUUGACCAAGAUACUCUGAGAAAAAAUAUUUAAAGUGAAAUUAGCACAAAUGAGAAUCUUAAAAACUAUUUCAUUUUUCUGCACAUGCUUGUGCCUUGCAUACUUUGUUAUUAUGCUGUUGUAUUUAUUUCCUGAAAACAUGACCUGCCUAGAUUAGCGUAGCUACCUGCGAGCAUGUUAAAAUUGUAUCACAAACUUGAAAACAAAUUACAGUUAUGUAAGUAAGAAAUAUCUAAGAUUUCCUAACGUUCCUUUUCUAGUUGGUUACAAACCAGAUGAACCAAACCAUGCCCAACAGACAAUGUAUUACACCUUAUGGGAAAUGAAAGAUAUGCAGAAAAGAGGAACAGAUGAGGUAAGACAAAAAUAAUGUUCUUUAAGUGCAGAGAAAAAGGGUAAUUAAAAAAAGUCUAAUAUACAAAAUAAUAUGGUCCAGAGGAAAUAUAAUAGACGGGAAGAGAGCUUACUGUCGCAAUAUUUUAUUGGCACAUAAUACAGUCAAACCCUGUUAGCCCUUUAAGCCCUAAGAGUGACCAGCUUCAAAUUUCUCCUUGUAAUAUCAAUGCUUUGUAAAACAGAGUGGUCAUGAGAAUUGUGAACAUGAUCACACAGGAUUGAACUUGCUUGAUAUUUCAUGAACUUCUCCCCACUACUUCUAUAGUAAAUGAAUAGGGGCAACAAAUGAGAAUUCAAAUUUUGAUCUAAGGGUUUAAAGAGUUAAUAAAGACACUGAAGGAGCCAAAGAAAGUGUCCCUAUUAACAGGGUGCCCACAUUAAGAGAGUUGAGUUGAGAUAAAAAUGUAACCACUUUCUUUCCCCAGGCCCAGGGGAAAAGCAAACUGUCCUUAAUAAUGAGAUGUCCACAAAUUUUCAGAUUUGUUGAUCUUACAAGACUAAAUUCAAUUAGUUCCAUUAACAUUUAUUUCUAGGCUCUAAAAGCUGUCAUGAACCCAAGAGCCAUACCAGCAAUGCAAGCCUGGGUGAAAAACGCUUCCUUGAAAGGUAUUUUUUAUUUGGUAAUCUGUUCAUACAGUAAUAUUACACAAAAUAAUAUUAUCACUGAGCUGGAAGUUUUUUUUAUUUUUAAUCGUUGUUCUAAGUGUAAUUUUUCCUUGAGAUAACGUAAUGUAGGUUAUAACACUUCUUUGUAAUAAUAACAAUAAUAAUAAUAGACAUUUUUCUUCCGUAAGAACCAUUACAUGUAUUUCAAACAAAAUAAGAAAGGCAUUGUUUACUGAAAAUAUUAAAUUUUGUCAUUUUACCAGACAAGAACAUUGUCACCAACAUGUUGAAUGAAGCAUGUGACUCAGCUGAAAUGGAAAAGGUAACAAAGAUAUUUACUUAGACACCAUGCCAGUUUGUUACAAUAAACAGUUUAUGAAAGUGGAAAGGAUCCUCGCAGUUGUUUUAACAACCUGAGCGGUUGAAAAAGGGCCUGAAAAAAUUCAGGCUUGACCAGGAAUCGAACCCUGACCUUUGCGAUGACCGGGCACAAUGCUCCAUCCAUUAAGCUAAUCAAGCCAACUGGUGUGCAGGACGUUUAUUUCUUUAUGCGCAGUUAAAAAUAUGAGUCAUUUCCUAUGUUUCUAUUUAAUACAUGCAAACAGUUUGUUUAUGAACAGGCCCUUAGUUCAUUGUGAUUUUCCUUCACUUGAACAGACAGUUUCUACAACAUUCAAGCCUGAUGUUGUCCCAGCUGUUAACCGGUGGUUAAAGAAAGCUGGAAAUGAAGGUAAACUACCACUAGCUUGCCCUCUGGGGUGUCUUUUUAAGACAGAAUCGACCGAAUCUUGUCCAGUUUUGACUUUCCUUUGCUUUAGAAACACACCAUAAAAUCACAUACAUUUAUGAAUUGCCAUCCAGUUUUCAAGCUCAAUUGGAUAAGAGCUUACAAGUUGCUGAGUGGCGGGCCAAUGGUUCAAACUCUGGCUGGACCAACACUUGGGGUCUUUAAAUAACUGACAAAAAAGUGCUGCCUUUGUAAAGACAUCUGCAAAAGGGUUAGACUUUCUAGUCUACUUGGAUAAGGAUGAUAAACCUUAGGCCUGGUCUCACAUACCUUGCUCGAUCAUGUAAUAAAUUCUGUGGGAUGUUAAAGAACCCACACACUCUUCAUAAAGAGUAGGGGACGUAGUCCCCAGUCUGAUGGUCUAUCUCAACUUCACACCUACAUAGGGGUCAUCAUUACUCAUCUCUUUACCAUGAGCAGUCUGGCAAAGUCCCCAGACCAGUGUUGUAAUUUAUCCCUGAAAAGCCCCAAGGGGGAGUGAAUAAUAAGAUAUUUACAAUUUACAAUCUCUUCCUUUCAUAGAGCAACAAGCAGUAAUGAGGUUAAUCCGAACCUUGGCUUCAGAUCCAGUACGUGAGGGCACAAUUGAUCCGCACUACACCGGCCAGCAGAACCCAGACCGGUACAUCUUAGGAACCUACAGAUUACGCCAACCAGAUACCAAGGGAUUGCAUAUCAAAGUGCAAACUCGUUUCCCUAAAAAAUCUCAUUUUCAGGCACAUCCUGCCUGGCUGCAGACAUAAAAUAAUUGUUUCUGCUGUGUCUACAAACAGUUGCAUCACCAGUGCAGAGUGAAAGUCUCUUCUUUAGCUACUUUUGAACAUGUAAUGUAGCAUCUUUUAUUGACUCUACAAAGUUUACAAUUUUCCUUCUGUAAGCAAAGGAUUUUCACCAUGUUCUGGUUAUAACAAUAAUUGUUCCAAAAAGUUCUAAAACCUAAAGAUGUGGGUGGUUAUGUGACAUCUUUUUAACCUAGAAUCAAGGAUUUUUCCUUUACAGGCUGUGUUAUUGGUAAAAAAGAAAGAAUGUUUUAGUAAAUUAUGUUAGCAUUUUAUAUAUCACACCUGUACUCCAAGGCGUUGAAUAAGUUUAUGGAACCUUUUCUUUUUCUCAAAGUAAUGCUCAUAUAUCCUGAUAGUCAUUAAUCUUCACCAGUCUGAUGAAUUCAGUGAAACUAUGCUCUGGUUUUGACCAUUUUUGAAUUUGAAUAUUUAUUUGUUUGUAGUUGUGAAGAAGAAAGAGUUUUCCUGGUCAACUAUGGAAUUAAAUAAGUUUACAUAUUAAAAUUUCCAAAAUUUUCAAUUAAGAUUUAUUUGUACAAUUCAGAUGUGUGUCC